AUGUGGGACGACGAGGACAACAACCCCUACGGCUCCUUCCACCGCCGUGAUUCGGAGCAUGCUGUACACUCCCCUACCAAUCAGGAGAACCGCCCAUCCACACCUCCCUCCGGCCAUUCCUCCCCCGAGCAGCCCCCUCAAUUCCUUUCCCGCCCCUCCGAUCUGAGCGACGAAGAGCUGGACGAUGACCGGCCAAAGACCACCGCCAAAGCACCGCCCCGAGAAGGCGGGUACGACAGCAGAAUCCAACAGAUCCUCUAUGAACAUCCCAACCUCGAGAUCGAGAUAGUGUCUGCUGGGAAGAACACGGAAGGUGGCGGCGGCUUCAUCACAUACACCAUCCGCACCGGCGAGAUUGAAGUGCGGAGGAGAUACUCCGAGUUCGCAUCCCUUCGACAAACGCUCGUCAGCCUGCAUCCAACACUCAUCAUCCCGCCGAUUCCUGAGAAACACAGCAUUGCCGACUAUGCCGCGAAACCCACCAAAGCCAAAGAGGACGUGGGUAUCAUUGAGCUUCGACAGCGCAUGCUUGCCACUUUCCUGAAUCGCUGCCGUCGCAUGAAACAGUUGCGCGAAGAUGGAGUAUGGUGGCGCUUCCUCGAUCCCAAUGUCAGUUGGAGUGAAGUCUUGCAUUCUCAUCCCGCCGCCAGCAUCCCCAAAAACAAUCUCAAAGCGCCACCCCUCGACCCUGCCAACCCCACACCCGCACACGCAUACCUCCCAGUUCCAUCCCAGAAUGCCAAGCUGCGCUCCGGCUCCAACGCCUCCGCCUCCGGUACACCCACCUCUCCAGCCGCUCUUAGCACCUCAGCAGCCGCUCACACCACUCCAGACAUCCAGUAUGCCCGCUUUCCCCCAAGCAGUCAAAAUCUCAGUGAAUCCGACCUCGACCCCUACUUCUCCUCUUUCGAGAGCAGUUCCAAGGAGCUGGAGACCCUCCUCACUGGAAGCAUGGAAAAGGUGAACCAAAGACUGUUGCGGCACAUGUACAACCUCGGCGAUGAUUUGAUGGAUCUGGGUGCUCGCUACAACGCCUUUUCACUAUCCGAACAAUCCCAAAGCGUGGCGCAUGCCAUCGAAAAGACGGGCCAGGCGUGCGACUUUACCUACAUCCAGUCCCGAGAUCUGUCAAGCGCCUUGAGUGCAGGCUUUGCGGAACCAAUGCGGGAAAACGCGCAGUUCGCUGGUGUCGUCCGCUCAGUCUUGAGGUACCGCGUGCUCAAGCGAGUGCAAGAAGAAAUGACCCGAGACGAACUCGAAAAGGCGCGCACUCGACUCGAACAGCUGGAGCGAAGCGAGAUUGAAGCGCAACGAAUCGACCAAUACAUGUCUUCCUCCGGAAUCCAAAGCACCCCACGCUCCACCCCCAAGCGCAGCACCAGCUCCGCCAGCCGCACCUCUCCCUCCUCUCAAGACGGCGACAACGCCUCUGUCGACUCCGACUUCCCCCCCAACAUGGGCAGCGCGCAAUCCGUCCCCUCCGCACAGCAAGGCGCACCCUCCGAUCCUACGCAGGAACAAUACCCGCAAUCCCCGGGCUCGCCACACAAGCGCAGCGGCAGCAGCGUCGCGAGCAAACUCUUCGGCCGCAUCACGCAUGCCAUCCAGGGCGCCACGGACCAGGACCCGGAGCGGGCGCGGCGCGAUGCACUGGGCAAGACGAAGGAGAGCCUGGUGCAUCUGGAGCAGGCGAUUGAGGUUUCGCAGCAGGAUGUCAAGGAUGCGAGCCAGGGGGUGUUGGAGGAUUUGAAGCGCUUUCAGGGGAUGAAGGAGAUGGAUUUGAGGGGGUAUAUGCUGAGCUUUGCCCGCAGCCACGUGGAAUGGUCGAAGCGGAGUCUGGAGGAGUGGGAGAAGGCAAAGGUGGAGGUUGGCAAGAUUGAAGUGCGGUGA